GCAGGCGAAACCGAAAGUAUUCACUUAUGAAGCAAAGUCUUGGUAGAAGAACAAACACAACUGAGAAAAUAACGUCAUCAUCUUUGGAAGAAAGAAUAAGUUUAUUCAGCCAAAACAGAGCUUAUUGCUUAGAACACGACCUUGACCAGAAGGAAUCUAAAAUGUAUUCUCCUUUGUCUUUGCAGAUAAAGUGCUCCGUGUGUUUGAGUGAUUUUACGGAUCCAGUGACUCUCUCUUGUGAACACUCGUUUUGUCGGGAAUGCAUCACAGGUCACAUGCAGGCCAGCCUUGGACCCAGCGCCUGCCCAGAAUGCCAAAGGCCUUAUAACAAAGAAGACCUGAAAUCCAGCCGUUUACUGAGGAACAUGACCUCGACAGUGAGAGAGCACCUUGCUGAGCAGAAAUCAGACAGAUCCACAUCUAAAGAAGGAACGCAAGCAUUAAAUUCUCCAGAAAUGGAAAAGAUGCUGAUGUGUUCUGAACACGAUGAGAAGCUUAAACUGUUCUGUGAGACUGAUCAGAAGCUGGUGUGUGUCAUCUGCAGGGAUGGAGACAAACACAAAGGCCACGUCUUUAAACCUGUGAAAGAAGCUGCACAGAUCAACAAGGGGGAGAUGAAGACUGCUUUGGGUUUUCUUGCCAAAGAAAAUGGACAGCUGGAUUACAUGAUACAACAACAGACAACUGAGAUCACUAAAUCUGAGGAUAAAUCCAAAACCUUAUCAGCCCAGAUCUCUGCUCAGUUUGAAGAAAUGCACCAGUUUUUACAACAAAAAGAGGAUGAGGUGAAGAAACAGUUGGAGAAGGAGGAGAAGAAAGUUAUAGAAGUCAUGCAGAAGAAUCAGUCUUUGAUAAACAGAAGGUUUUUGGAGAACAAAGAAAAGGAGAUUAUUCUGCAGUCAGCUCUGGAGAUCGAGCAACCUGAUCACUUUCUACAGUGGUGGAAUGAAAAAGGAUUUCCAAUGACAAAGAACAUGAAGCAGAAAGCCAUUGAGACACCAUCAAAUACCCAGUAUAUGUCAAGGGUCAAAGAUCUUACUGUGCUUCCUGAUUCUCUCUUUCUUGGCCCCCAUGAAACCCACCUGCAGUUCUUUGUGUGGAAGGAGAUGCUGCAAUCCAUCAAACCAGUUCCUGAGAGUUUAACCCUGAAAAAUCCUGGAGAAUCAUACCUAAAAGUGUCUCCAGGGGGCGCCAGAGUCCGACAAGCUGACAGAAUGUCUAGACUGUAUAAAGACUUCAAUCCAAAUCUCACCAGCUCUUCUUGCACAGAUGAUUUGAAGAAGAAUCACAGCAGGAGCAGCAAACAAUGCAGUCUUAACAAUAAUCAUAAUCACUACAGGAAAGAUGUAUGGACAGAUGAAAGAGAGAAUAGAGAGAAAGAAGAGAAUGAAUCUGUGAAACUGUAA